GGAGCUACAGAGCAGGGAGAAAAGAUCAACCACGGAGACACGUCAUCACGUCAAACGGGUCCGUGCCGGGAAAAUAAGCCGCGCUCCACGGCAUUUCUCUGCGACUAGGCUGCCAUCAGGGAAAACGGUGACCAUCGAACGGCAUGAGGAUUAUACGCUCCCGACGUGGGAAGAGGCGGUGGAGAACUGGCUCGUGAAUAAAAAUCGCGACAAUUUCGGAGAGGAGAGCGAUUCCGAGAUCCGUCCCUUCUCUUCCGCCCGAAUAUCUUCUUAUCAUACAACAGGAGAAUGAAUGAAUGCAGGCUAUACUAUUUUUGGUUUUUGUUCGUGGAGGGCAUUAAUUGGCAAUUAAUUCUUGCUGUCGAAGCCCCGUUGCUUAUUUAUGGAAAAGGAGGGUCGGAGGGGGAACGCUGUACGGGGUUGAGGUCGGAGGGGGUAACGCGCCGCCGCCGCCUUCUUCCCGAUAAACAGUACCGAGGGAGAGACGGCGCGGCGGCAGAGAGGAGGAAUCGAUGAUGGCGGCGAUAGAUGUCCCGGAGGUUAACGGCCGCUACCAAGAGGGAGCAGCGAUCGAAGCGUCUGAUGACACCGCUCACAAAAUCAGCCAUGAAGGUUUAAAUCCCGAGCAGGACAAUCAUCAGUCUAUGCAACUCACAGGGGAAAAUGUCAGCAAUGGUUUUUCAAGCCAAAUCUUUUCCAAUACCAAGCAAACGAUGUGUUUUGUAAGGGUUUUGAAAUCAUGGUCCUCAACCUGGUAUCGAUCAGGGAGCAGGUCGGAUGAGGAAAUCUCAGAUCCUUGGUAUCAAGUUGCAUUCGUCCUCACAACAGGAGUGAACAGUGCAUAUGUCUUGGGAUAUUCUGGAUCAAUCAUGGUUUCUUUGGGUUGGUUAGGUGGUAUACUUGGUUUGGUUUUGGCGGCUGCUGUAUCCUUGCAUGCUAAUACUCUUCUUGCCCAUAUUCAUGAAGUUGGCGGUAAACGGCGGAUUAGAUACAGAGAUCUUGCUGGUUAUCUCUAUGGUAGAAAAAUGUAUCGUCUUACAUGGGCACUACAAUAUGUUAAUCUGUUCAUGAUCAACACUGGAUAUAUCAUUUUGGCUGGGCAGGCAUUGAAGGCCAUUUGUGUUCUUUAUAGGGAUGAUAAUGCAUUGAAGCUUCCCUACUGUAUCGCUAUUGCUGGGUUUGUCUGUGCUUUGUUUGCCUUUGGGAUACCCCAUUUAUCAGCGCUGAGGAUUUGGCUGGGCGUUUCAACUUUUCUUUGUCUCAUAUUUAUCAUCGUAGCAUUCGUUUUGUCUCUUAAGGAUGGAUUAAGUACUCCUGCUCGAGAUUACAGCAUUCCAGGGUCACAUGUGAGCAAGAUUUUCACUACCAUUGGUUCUGUUGCAAGUCUUGUUUUUGCUUACAAUACAGGAAUGCUGCCAGAGAUUCAGGCAACGAUAAAACCACCUGUCAUCAAGAACAUGGAUAAAGCACUUUGGUUUCAGUUCACUGUUGGUGUCUUGCCAUUAUAUGCUGUUACUUUUAUGGGAUACUGGGCUUAUGGCUCUUCAACAUCAGCAUAUCUUCUCAAUAGCGUCAAUGGCCCAACUUGGGUCAAGGCAAUGGCCAACAUUGCAGCCUUUUUACAUACAGUCAUUGCUCUGCAUAUAUUUGCAAGUCCGAUGUAUGAGUACUUGGAUACAGAGUAUGGGAGAGGAAAAGGGAGCGCUUUCUCUUUCCAUAAUGUGUCAUUUAGGGUCCUUGUAAGAGGAGGCUACCUUACAGUAAACACAUUUGUGGCGGCUCUGCUGCCAUUCCUUGGAGACUUUAUGAGCCUGACGGGGGCCUUGAGCGUCUUCCCACUUACAUUCGUUCUGGCAAAUCACAUGUUUUUGACUGUGAAAAAGAAGCAGUUGUCAGCCUUCAGGAAGGUUUGCCAUUGGCUGAAUAUUGUUGGAUUCAGCUGCUUAGCUGUGGUUGCUGCUGUCGCUGCCCUAAGGCUUAUUGUUGUUGAUUCAAAAACCUAUCAUCUAUUUGCUGAUCUUUGAAGGUUUCUUAGUUCAUUUUCUUAGGUAAUCUUAAUUUGUGAAGGUUAUCAUGCCACUGCAUAAGUGGUUUCAUAUAUCAAUGCUCUAGAUUAUGACAGUUA